AUGCCUGCCGCAGUCGUCAAAGGCAUCAUCAUCUCCAUCUCCAUCAUCACCGCCCUUGGUAUUGCGGUCCUCGAGAACCCACAGUUGCAGGCAUGGCUUGAAGAACAACGGCAGAAGAUCGUCGUGCUUCUACGAUCGCUUGGCGAGGAGCUGGACCCGGAAAGUAGACGACAGGCUGAGGCUUUCGCAUACGAAGGUCGGACACCUGCUACAGACGAUGGGCUACGAAGAGAGGCGUCAGGCAGUCGAGAUGCUGCGGCCUUAGCGACUGGCAGGAGAUUAUCUGGAGCCUCGAAUACAGUCCGCAGAAUAUCUGUGCGUGGACCUAACGAGGAUGAAGCGGAGGAGCGAAGACGAAAGGGCAGAGAGUAUCUUGCUCGUCGUAAUCGACAGAUGAUAGAGAUGCAGGAGCGCCGGAAGAUUGUGUAUAAUGAUGGCCUUGUGACACCUUCGAGUCCGACAUCAUUCGAUCAGAUGGUCAAUGAAGAAGGCAGUCUACGAGGAAACACGACCGCCUCAGGUACGGAGACGCCACUGGAGAUUCUUUCACCACGACCGUUUCCAUCAGUACCCGCGAGCGUGCAGGGCCAGAUGGAGCAAGCUGAACGACAACUCGAUCAGGCGAUAAUGGAAGAAGCUACACCUACUACCUCGCGAGCUUUCCUGGCAGGCGCUCUAUUCGCCAACCCGUUCAGUGACGAGUUCGAGCUUGAUCGUAGCGAAACACCACGCCCGCGUGUGCCCCCCAAGAUCGCCAUUGAGGAGGACGCUGAGAUGACUGACGCACUUGCUAUACCUGGUAGCUUCAAUACACCGAUCGAAGUCUCAUCACAUGCACCGGAAGAAGGCAAUGAAGAGCUUACUUAUGAGGAGCAGCUCGCAAUCGCGUUGUCUCUGUCGGAAGCCGAAAGCUCGAACUCGGCUACUGUUCGUCAAGGACGAGCUGCUGGAGAGCACGAUGACGAGCUCCAAGCUGCUAUCGAGGCUAGUCUACGAGAGAUGGACAGUAAUCAAGCUGCUCAUGCCAUCUCGACAGAACAGCCGCUUACACCACGACCACGCGCAGUGCAGCCGCAACCUCUAGUUGAUCUGACGCCGCCCAGCCCACGUGCUGCACCCGUACAACCAGAGGUUCGCCGCGAUUGGGAAGCCCUAUUCGAUCCUGCAUGUGCACCAUCUGAGGUCGCAGUGGCGUUCAAUGAGUCUGCGCCGUCUGAGGCCAGCGAUGAGCUAUAUCGUGUCACACCCGAGCUAACACGAGCACGUCUCGCCUCCUUCGAUGCUCAACAGAGAGAACAAGCACCAAAUUCAGACAUCACCGACGCACGCUACGAUCCCGUCCGCGAGGCCGCUGGCUCGCAUACCCUGUCACCGGAGCCACGACCAACCAUGGAAUCCAGCUUCUACUCCGCACCUUCUUCCAUCUCGCAUGUGCCCAGCAGCAGCAAUACUCUGGACCGCGAACCCGAAGUCAUCGAAGCCGAGGCUAUCCCAACAGGAGCCCACACACCUACCACACACACCCUCCGCUCCGACUCGGACUCGGAUACUUUCGCCUCUCUAUCCCGACCAGAGUCGAGAGCGCCGUCGCAUGCUCCAAGCGAAGUCUCGAGUAUCGAAAUCGUUGAUCUCGAAGAGGACAGUGAUGUCGAUAUGCUCUCUGAAGAAGGCAAUGGUGUCUCGACGCCCGAUAGCUGGACAGAAGUCGGUUCGCGCGAUGGCGAGAGCGAAGCCGGUGAUUUGGAGCAGUCCCAAAGAGCGCGAGUAAGCUUGUAG